AUGGAGCCGCAUGGAGGUAGCGGUGGUGGCGGGGAUGUUAUUGACCACCAAAGUGCCAAACAUUUAUUGGAUAGCAUAGGGAAAAUAGUGCACGACCAAGUGGAAAAGGAAGCUGCAGAUUAUAGAAGUUCUUUACAAGGACGUUUGAAAGACGCAACAUAUUCAAAAAAACCAGAUAAUCAAGAAAAACCUUCUGAUCCAUGCGAACUUAAACAUGAAUAUCGUACUAAUGCUACUAACGGUACAAGUUAUCCAUGUAGAGCUGGAAAAGAAGAACGUUUUUCCGAUACACUUGGUGGCCAAUGCACUGAUCAACAAAUAGAAGGUAAUGAUCGUAAUAAUGGUGGCGCCUGUGCGCCAUAUAGACGAUUACAUUUAUGCAACAAAAAUAUGGUAAAAAUGGACACAAAUAAUGAUGAUAGUAGUAAAGCUAAACAUAAUUUAUUGUUAGACGUGUGUAUGGCAGCCAAAUAUGAAGGGUACUCAAUAAAUACACAUUAUCCAAAACAUCAAGAAAAAUAUAAGGAUACUGGUACUGCUUCCCAAUUAUGUACUGUAUUAGCACGCAGUUUUGCAGAUAUUGGAGAUAUUGUAAGAGGAAGAGAUCUAUUUCGUGGUAAUAAAAAAAAAAGUGAAAAUAAAAGAGAGAAAGAAAAAUUAGAAGAAAAUUUUAAAAAAUAUUUCCAGCAAAUACAUGAGGACGUGACGUCGACGAGCGGGAAGAAUAGGAAGGCGCUAAGAGAUCGCUACCAUAAGGACGGUCCAGAUUAUUAUCAAUUAAGAGAAGAUUGGUGGAAUAAUAAUAGAAAAAUGGUAUGGAUUGCUAUGACGUGCGAAGCUGGGGGUUCUCAAUAUUUUCGACGAACAUGUUCUAAUGGAAUAAGUGAAACUAAUAACAAAUGCCGAUGCACUAUUGAAACUGUUCCCACAUAUUUUGACUACGUGCCACAAUAUUUGAGAUGGUUCGAGGAAUGGGCAGAAGAUUUUUGUAGGAAAAAAAAACACAAAUUAAAGGAUGCUAUAGACAAAUGUCGUGGCCAGUACCAGGAUGCGGAUCGAUAUUGUGAUCUUAAUGGCUACGAUUGCGAAAAAACCAAAAGAGGAAUAAACAUGUAUCGUUGGGAUCACAAAUGUACUGGCUGCUUCCUUUCUUGCUCUCAUUUUAGAACAUGGAUAGAUAACCAAAAAGAACAAUUUCACAAACAAAAAAAAAUAUAUGAUAAAGAAAUAACACGUGGUGGUAGUGAUCAUAAAGGAUAUGAAAAAAAAUUUUAUGGAAAACUGAAAGGAACUGACUAUAAAGAUGUUGGUAAAUUUUUGGAAAAAUUAAGUGAUGAAGAUGUAUGCACAAAGUUUAGAGAAGACGAAGGAAUAAUUGAUUUCAAAAACGUUAAUAGUAGUAGUGGUAGUGGUGGUGGUGAGGGUAGUAAUAAAACAUUUUCUCAUACGGAAUAUUGCCAAGCAUGUCCUCUAUGUGGGGUCGAAAAGGAAAGUAAUGGUGGUGGUGGUAAUACCAAAUGGAAAAGGAAAGAGGAUAUGGAUAAAUGUCCGCCUAUAAACCUUUAUAAGCCUAUAGAUGACAAAGGUGGUAUUACUAUUAAUUUCCUGUACAGUGGUGAUGAACCAACAGAAAUUGGAAAAAAAUUAAACGCAUUUUGCUUAACACACAGUGGUAAUAGUGUUGUUAGUAGUAGUAGUGCUCGUGGUAACGGUGCUAGUCGUGAUAAAAAUGGUGGUAGUGAUAGUCAGGAUUUGUAUCAAAAAUGGACAUGUUAUGAAAUUGACGAGCUUGAGAAAGAUGAAAAAGAAGACGGUGUGGAUGACCCACAGUAUGAAAAGGAUGUAAAAACUGGAGGCGGAUUAUGUAUAUUGGAAAAGACGAACGGCAAAGAAAAAGUGAACAAACAAAAGACAUCUCAUGAAAUGCAAAAGACAUUCAAUCCUUUUUUUUACUAUUGGGUGGUACAUAUGUUAAAAGAUUCCAUACACUGGAGAACAAAAAAACUUGAUAAGUGUAUAAAUAACAGUAAUGAAUCAAAAGCAUGUAAAAACAAUAAGAAAUGUAAUAAAGAAUGUGAAUGCUUCCAAAGAUGGAUUACACAAAAACAACAAGAAUGGGAACAAAUAAAAAAGCAUUUUCGCAAACAAAAAAAUAUUGACAAUGUAGGAGGUUUUUUCAAACUUAGCCACGAUGAUGUUCUUCAACAAGUUUUGGACAAAGAUCUACUUUUGAAAAGUCUUCAAGAGGCUUAUGGGAAACCAGAGGACAUAAAACACAUUAAGGAUCUGUUGGAAAAGGAAGCAGCAGCAGUAGCAGUUGUUCUUGGUGGCAAGGACAAUACCACAAUUGAUAAAUUGCUCAAUCACGAAGAUAAAGAUGCCAAAGACUGCCUAAAAAAACAGGAAGAAUGCAAAGAACAAGAACGAGGUGGUGUCGCCCGCUCCGGAACCGGCCCACGUCCUCCUAGUGCUGGUGACACCGUCCACGAAGUCGAGGAAAAGGAAGAAGAAGAGCAGGAGGAGGAGGAGGAAGACGAAGGCGACGAUGGCGACGGCGACGGCAAGGGCGACGUCGACCAGGACAACACGGUGGACGUCGGCGCGAAGGAGGCACCAAAAGUGGUGGAGGGACCAACAACAACACAAAACGAAGUAAAUCCAUGUCAAAUUGUGGACAACCUAUUUAGUAACCCCGAACAAUUUAAAGACGCAUGUGGUCUAAAAUACGGUCCAAAGGCACCCACAAGUUGGAAAUGUGUCACACCAAGUGGAAAACCUGGUGAAGCCCCUAGUGGUGACAGUACUGCCACCGGUAGUAGUGGUAGUAUUUGUGUGCCACCCAGGAGACGACGAUUAUAUGUCACACCACUAACGAGAUUGGCAGGUGAUAACACGGCGGCGUCAGUGUCACCACAGGUGCGUGGUGAGACACCACUAGCUUCCACUUCGGCGUCAACUCCGUCGGGGUCACAUCGUGACCCGCUCCUCGCCGCCUUCGUGGAAUCUGCUGCAAUAGAGACGUUUUUCUUAUGGGAUAGAUAUAAAAAAGAGUGGGAGGCACAAAAGAAGGCGGAACAAGAACAAAGUGGAUUACUACUCGGCGAGUCAUCAGAAGCACUUGGAAUGACAGCAAUAACAAGUGGAGCCGGAGCACCAAAAACACCAUUAACACAACAACCCGUUGCAAGCAGUGAUGAUCCCCAAUCCAAAUUACAAAAAAGUGGUGACAUCCCGCCACCCUUCUUGCGACAGAUGUUUUAUACCAUCGCGGACUACAAAGAUAUAUUAUACAGUGGUAGUAACGACGACAACACGAAGAGUAGUACCUACAACGACAUACUUAAAGGUGAUAAAGAAAUGAAAGCAAAAGAAGAGAAAAUAAAAGAAGCUAUACAAAAGUUUUUUGAAAACGGUGACAAAAAACCUGAUGGUGGCACAACCCCCUCCUCCUGGUGGAACAACAACGCGAAACAUAUCUGGAAUGGAAUGAUAUGUGCAUUGACAUACACCGACAACACGAAUGGUGGACCACCAACACAGGAUGGAGAAGUGAAAAAUGCACUUUUGGAUGACAACAACAAACCCAAAACAAACGCCGGACCCAAAAGCAACCCACACGACUACACGUAUGAAAAAGUGGUACUUAAAGAAGAUGAAGAAAAUGGCCCCAAAACCGGCUCCUCCACCCAACCCCUCACGUUAAAAAAUUUUGUGGAAAGACCCCCCUACUUCCGAUACCUUGAGGAAUGGGGUGAAGAGUUUUGUCGUAAACAAAAACAUAAGUUAUAUAUAAUUGAAAAAGAGUGUAAAGUAGAAGCAAAUGGUCGUGAUGGUAAAAAAAACCCUAAAUGUAGUUGUUAUGGUGAAAAUUGUAAUGAUAAUCUUAUUGCCGAUCCUAGUAUUUUUCCGGAUUUUAAUUGUCCAAAAUGUGGAAAACAUUGUAGUUCUUAUAGAAAAUGGAUAAAUACCAAAAAAACACAAUAUGAGAAACAAAAAGAGGCAUAUGGUGAACAACAAAAAAAAUGCCAAAAGGAAAAUAAUGGAGCUCAAGGUAAUAAUGGUGGUAAUGGAGUUUGUGGAACACUAGAAGCGACGUACACUGAAGCUAAAGACUUUUUACAAAAGUUAGGAUCAUGUAAAAAUAAUAGUGAAGAGGCUAAUAUAGAUUUUGGUGAUAAAACUAAAACAUUUGGACCUUCAGAAAAUUGUAAACCAUGUUCUGAAUUUAAAAUAAAUUGUAGAAAUGGUAAUUGUGGGAGUGAUCCAAAAGUGGAGUGCAAUGGUAAAAAUAAAAAUAGUAUUUCUGCAAAUCAUAUUAUAGAUGACAAAAAUGGUAAUGGAAACAUAGAAAUGCUUGUGAGUGAUGACAGUACAACGGAAUUUGAAGUAGAUGAGUUAAAGGUUUGUAAGGGUGCAGGUAUCUUUGAAGGUAUUAGAAAAGAUGUAUGGAAAUGUGGUAAUGUAUGUGGUUAUAAUGUAUGUAAACCGAAAAACGUUAAGGGGGAAAAAGGUAAUGGGAAUCAAAUAAUAAUAAUUAGAGCGUUGUUUAAAAGAUGGUUAGAAUAUUUUCUACAAGAUUAUAAUAAAAUUAAUGCCAAAAUUUCAUAUUGUAAGGAAAAUGGUGGAACAAACAUUUGUAUAAAAAAUUGUGCAGAUAAAUGGAUAAGGAAGAAAAAGGAAGAAUGGAAAAAAAUUAAAGACCAUUACCUAGAAAAAAAACAUGAAAAUGGUGACAAUAACAUGAAAUCUUUGGUUACAGAUAUUUUGCGUUCCUUGCAACCUCAAACUGAACUUAACAAAGCUAUAAAACCUUGUGGUAGUUUAGAUGCUUUCGAGAGUUUUUGUGGUCUUAAUGGCGAUGAGAACUCAAAAAAAAACAAUGAUAAUCAGGAUGCUAUAGAUUGUAUGAUUACAAACCUUCAAAAAAAAAUUGGCGAGUGCAAAAAGAACCACGCCAAAACUAGUGGCAGUGACUGUAACACAGCCCCCACAUCAGACACCACCCUUGAUGAUGAAGACUUAUCCCUUGAAGAGGAAAACACAGUGGAACAACCUAAAUUUUGUCCAAAACCACCAGAACCAAAAGCAGAGGAAAAAGGCGCUUGUGAUCCAGCACCAACUACACCGAAAGAAACGGCAUCACCAGCAGAUAGUGGUGAAGGCACAAAGGAACAUCCAUCUCCACCCCCGACACCGGACCCUGCGGCGCCUACAUCACCACCUUUACCCCCCCUUACAACCGCCCUGGUGACCUCCACCCUCGCCUGGAGCGUUGGUAUUGGUUUUGCUGCAUUCACUUAUUUUUUUCUAAAGAAAAAAACCAAAGCAUCUGUUGGAAAUUUAUUCCAAAUACUACAAAUACCCAAAAGUGAUUAUGAUAUACCGACAAAACUUUCACCCAAUAGAUAUAUACCUUAUACUAGUGGUAAAUACAGAGGCAAACGGUACAUUUACCUUGAAGGAGAUAGUGGAACUGAUAGUGGUUACACCGAUCAUUAUAGUGAUAUUACUUCAUCUUCCGAAAGUGAAUAUGAAGAAAUGGAUAUUAAUGAUAUAUAUGCACCACGUGCUCCUAAAUAUAAAACAUUGAUUGAAGUGGUACUUGAACCAUCAAAAAGGGAUAUACCAAGUGAUGAUAUACCAAAUAAUGAUACACCUAGUAGUAAAAUUACAGAUAAUGAGUGGAAUACAUUGAAACAUGAUUUUAUAUCUAAUAUGUUACAAAAUACCCAAAAUACGGAACCAAAUAUGUUAGGUUAUAAUGUGGAUAAUAAUACCCAUCCUACCAUGUCACGUCAUAAUGUGGAAGAAAAACCUUUUAUUAUGUCCAUUCAUGAUAGAAAUUUACUUAAUGGAGAAGAAUACAGUUAUAAUGUUAAUAUGGUUAAUAGUAUGAAUGAUAUUCCAAUGAGUGGUAAAAAUGAUGUAUACAGUGGUAUAGAUUUAAUUAAUGAUUCACUAAGUGGUGGUGAACCUAUUGAUAUAUAUGAUGAAGUGCUAAAAAGAAAAGAAAAUGAAUUAUUUGGAACAAAUCAUGUGAAACAAACAAGUAUACAUAGUGUUGCCAAACCUAUAAGUGACGACCCCAUCCACAACCAACUGGAACUAUUCCAUACAUGGUUAGAUAGACAUAGAGAUAUGUGCGAAAAGUGGGAAAAUCAUCACGAACGAUUAGCCAAAUUAAAAGAAGAGUGGGAAAAUGAGACACAUAGUGGUAACACUCACCCUAGUGAUAGUAACAAAACGUUGAAUACUGAUGUUUCUAUUCAAAUACAUAUGGAUAAUCCUAAACCUAUAAAUGAAUUUACUAAUAUGGAUACAUAUCCGGAGAAUUCUACUAUGGAUACUAUCUUGGAUGAUCUGGAUAAAUAUAAAGAACCUUAUUAUGAUGUGCAAGAUGAUAUUUAUUAUGAUGUAAAUGAUGAUAAUGAUAUAUCAACUGUGGAUAGUAAUAAUAUGGAUAUUCCUAGUAAAGUACAAAUUGAAAUGGAUGUAAAUACCAAAUUGGUGAAAGAGAAAUAUCCUAUAGCGGAUGUAUGGGAUAUAUAA